UAAACUAUACAUUAUUAAGUAUCUUUUUUGCUAUAUUUUUAUUGUGCAAAUGUACUAAACUAUUAAUAAAAACAAAAUGUAAUUUUUUUUUGUAAAUACACAUCGUUGCCAAUAGUAAUACAUUUUAAAUGCUUGGCAAAAGCACUUUUUAUACCCUAAGUCGGGGAUUUAAAACCUACCAUUACAGAUCAAGUUUCCUCCAUGGCUGAGGGAAUGCAGAAUGACAACCCCGUAAUAAAUUUUUGCAUACGAGCAUAAAAAAGUCUGCAACAUUUUAAAACCUGUAAUGGACGAGAGGAUUGUGCACGGGAUUGCAGGAUUUUUAUAGCAUUUGUUUUUGCAGCAGUAUAUGUUCAAGAAAUGAGACUGAAUGAUCUUGAUAAUGAAGUAACAAAAUGUGACCGAGAACUGUUUUUAGUCAAGCAGAAAUGGGAAAAUUUAGAAACGAAAGUACAGAAAGAUUGUAAGGAAUCCACGGAAUUGUCAACUAAACUGACCGACUAUAUACAAACUUUAGCCAACAGCACGCGUGGUGCACACAAAAAGCCUGUGGUUGCAUUCACUGCAAAGCUCUCAAAGGAUACAGGAAUUAGUGGCCACGAGAUUGUCGUGUAUGAUAACGUGUUAACAAAUUGGGGUGGAGCUUAUAAUUCACAAACCGGAAUAUUCACCGCCCCCUAUGACGGCCUCUACACCAUAUCGUGUACACUAAUGAGUCAUCCAUCCAAUUCUGUCAAUUUGAAUAUUAUCAAAAAUGGGAAGAAGAUAUCUAUGUUAUACUCUGCUUCAAAUACAUAUCCUCUGGCAGGACAAACCGUCCACCUGAUACUUAAUAAAAAGGACAGAGUCUGGAUACAGAAUCCUCACCCGCAGACGGCAAUGCUCCACGACCACGACUCAUAUAACCUGUUCUCUGGACUUCUAGUCACAAACCUCUUAAAUUGA